GUUAUUGACGAAUGUAUACGAACCUUACCGAACACGACGCCAUAUUGUAAUGUCAGGUUAGGUGAAGGUGGUGAAAGCACUUGCCUUUUAUUUACUAAAGUUGUUAAAAUAAACGUUUAUAAUAUAUUGUGAAUUGCUAAAAAAUUUAAGGCGCAGGGUGCACCGUUGCAUCCGCUAAACCAUGAGUUAUCAGAUACCAUCGUCACAGAGCAGAACAAUGUCUCACAGUAAUUAUGGUGGUUCUGAUGUGCCAAUGGCUCCCAGCAAGGAACAGCAAACUCUCAUGUGGCAGCAGAAUUCAUAUUUGGUUGAUUCUGGCAUCAACUCUGGAGCAGCUACUCAGGUGCCAUCACUUACUGGCAAAGAAGAUGACGAAAUGGAAGGUGAUCAACUCAUGUUUGAUCUGGACCAAGGCUUUGCUCAAGGGUUCACUCAAGAGCAGGUUGAUGACAUGAACCAGCAGCUGUCGCAGACUCGUUCACAACGUGUUCGUGCUGCUAUGUUUCCUGAAACUCUUGAAGAGGGUAUUGAGAUACCAUCCACCCAACUGGAUCCUGCGCAACCAACUGCAGUCCAGCGAUUGUCUGAACCGUCUCAGAUGUUGAAACAUGCUGUUGUCAACCUCAUCAACUAUCAAGAUGAUGCAGAUUUGGCUACCAGGGCCAUCCCAGAAUUAAUAAAACUCUUGAACGAUGAAGAUCAAGUUGUAGUAUCUCAAGCUGCAAUGAUGGUACACCAGUUGUCAAAGAAAGAGGCAUCUCGCCAUGCUAUUAUGAACUCACCACAAAUGGUUGCCGCUUUAGUUAGAGCAAUCUCUAAUAGCAAUGAUCUAGAAACUACUAAGGGUGCUGUCGGAACCUUGCACAACUUGUCUCACCAUAGACAAGGUUUACUUGCCAUUUUCAAGAGUGGAGGAAUUCCUGCUUUGGUAAAACUUCUAAGCUCUCCAGUGGAGUCAGUGCUGUUUUAUGCCAUCACCACCCUCCAUAAUCUACUUUUACAUCAAGAUGGAUCUAAGAUGGCAGUACGUCUUGCUGGGGGCCUUCAAAAGAUGGUAGCAUUAUUACAAAGAAAUAAUGUAAAAUUCCUAGCAAUUGUCACAGAUUGUCUGCAGAUUCUGGCUUAUGGAAAUCAAGAAUCGAAGCUAAUUAUUCUUGCCUCUCAAGGACCUAUUGAAUUAGUACGCAUUAUGCGUUCAUAUGACUAUGAGAAGUUGCUGUGGACUACGUCAAGAGUUCUUAAGGUUCUGUCAGUGUGCUCAAGCAACAAGCCAGCAAUUGUGGAAGCUGGUGGCAUGCAAGCUCUUGCCAUGCAUCUGGGUAAUCCCAGUGGCCGUUUAGUACAAAACUGCCUUUGGACUUUGAGGAAUCUUUCCGAUGCUGCUACUAAGGUUGAAGGAUUGGAAGCUCUCCUUCAGAGCUUGGUGCAAGUACUUGCUUCAACUGAUGUUAACAUAGUUACUUGUGCUGCUGGCAUACUCUCGAACUUGACUUGUAACAAUCAAAGGAAUAAGGUGACAGUUUGCCAGGCUGGCGGAGUAGAUGCGCUUGUACGCACGGUAGUAUCUGCUGGGGACAGAGAGGAAAUAACCGAACCAGCUGUUUGCGCUCUCCGACACCUCACAUCGCGUCACGUGGAGAGUGAGAUGGCUCAAAAUGCAGUUAGACUUCACUAUGGACUGCCGGUGAUAGUGAAGCUGCUGCAGCCGCCUUCGCGCUGGCCGCUGGUGAAGGCCGUGGUGGGGCUGGUGCGCAACCUGGCCCUGUGCCCCGCCAACCACGCGCCGCUGCGCGAGCACGGCGCCGUGCAUCACCUCGUGCGCCUGCUGCUGCGCGCCUUCAACGACACGCAGCGGCAGCGCGGCGGCGCGGCGGGCGGCGGCGCGGGCGGCGCGUACGCGGACGGCGUGCGCAUGGAGGAGAUCGUGGAGGGCGCGGUGGGCGCGCUGCACAUCCUGGCGCGCGAGGGCCUCAACCGCACGCUCAUCCGCCAGCAGAACGUCAUCCCCAUCUUCGUGCAGCUGCUCUUCAACGAGAUCGAGAACAUACAGCGUGUAGCAGCUGGAGUCCUCUGUGAACUGGCUGCAGACAAAGAAGGCGCUGAAAUGAUAGAAGCUGAAGGCGCUACGGCGCCACUGACCGAAUUACUCCAUUCGCGUAACGAAGGUGUAGCGACAUACGCUGCCGCGGUACUGUUCCGCAUGUCUGAAGAUAAGCCUCAUGACUACAAGAAGAGACUCUCUAUGGAGUUAACUAAUUCCUUGUUCCGUGACGACCAUCAGAUGUGGCCCAAUGAUCUCACCAUGCAACCCGAUUUGCAAGAUAUGCUCGGGCCCGAGCAAGGCUAUGAGGGCCUGUACGGGACGCGGCCCUCCUUCCACCAGCAAGGCUACGAUCAAAUACCGAUAGACUCAAUGCAGGGCCUCGAGAUAGGCAGCGGGUUCGGCAUGGACAUGGACAUCGGCGAGGCGGACGGCGCCGGCGCCGCCUCCGACAUCGCCUUCCCGGAGCCGCCGCACGACAACAACAACGUGGCCGCCUGGUACGACACCGACCUGUAGGCGCCUCCGCACCGUAGGGAUAGAGACACGCUAUUGACCUGAAUGUGGACUUCUAAUAACACACUUAACUUUACGACUCGUUUGAAAUUGUAUAUCUCUUCUGACGCUACACUGGUGAGGUUCAGUUACACUGGCUCACUUACUCUUCCGGCCUGAAGAGUACGUGAGCCAUGUUACUGAAGGCACGAGGAACGUAAAAUCUUAUGAGACCUCACUUAAUCCCAACGACGGAUCCGAGUUCAUAUCAAUCUAAUGUUUACUUGAUAUAGUAUGUCUCUAUCUUUUACCGAAAUUGUUUGUUAAACAUUUUUUUUUAUGACACAUCAUGUACAAUCAUUGUUACAAAUAAGUUUAAGAUCUUAAUGCAUUAACAUCAUACAGUUAUCCAAAAAGGUUUCGUUGAUGAAACAUAAUAUAAACAAUUUAAUUCUGUGAUAAAUUAGAUUCGGACAUAUCAAUAAAGGCAGCUUUCACGGUCGUAUGAAUUUAAUUUCAUGUUUUAGAUAAUAUUUGAAUGGAAUAUUACACGUUAAAUGUCAUAAAUUACAUGGGUGCUAUGUUUGAGAUAUACAAAUGGGACGUGUUUAUUCGCAACGCAUACAAAUUAUAAUGUCGCCCUGCAUUGGUUAUAUCGAAUUUUGUACGCGAACGUAUGAAAUGCGUGUAAUCGGAAAAUAGGGUAUACUUUAAUAUUUAAGAUAUAAAUAGGCUUUAAAAAUAAUAUUUUCUAGCGUUAUUAAGUAAUUUGAUUUAUGUAAUACGUGCAUUUAAGAAAUUUGUAGUGCGAUUUAUACUUGUUAUAAUAUUAUUGGCUGAAUGACAAUUUUUUUUUUUUAUUUUAUUUAAAUGACGCAUAAGACUGUUUGAUUGUGUAAGGGUUGUAUUUUAUAUUCACGCUUGACUGCCAUUUUGUUUUUAUUUCGACAUUACAUGAAUACGUGUACACUUAAACAGUUUAUAAGUGGCAUAUCACUUCAGAAAUACCGUAAGUCCAGCUUAAGUUACCUUAGCCAUUAAUACUUCAUUCGACAAUUUAUAUUAUCUUAUACAAUAUUUCAUGGAAACUAAAAAUUUAAAAAAAACAAGAAAUCAUUGUUUGAGUGUACGCAUAUUGAAUAGAAUUAGAAUUUUUUAAUGUUUCAUUAAAAAAAAAUACGAUUAAAAUUAGGAACAUGUAUUCGAGAAUGAGUUCUCUGUUAGAAGCUAAUUAGAGAUUGAACAAUAUAAUUAUAAUAAUGGGAUAGGAAGUAGUUCGACAUUCAUAUAGUGCCGUGUUUUAUGUCAGACAGUCACGAGACUCUGGUGUGACAUUGGGUACGAGGUGUCUGGUACUUUUGCAACUAUUGAAUAAACUGCUUUGCAUUUAAUGUAAUUUUCAACGUAAAUUGUCUUGUUGAAAUAUUGAUUAAAAGCGAUCUCCGCGAUCGAUGAAGAUAAGAUAGACGUUAAUCUUUUAUUAAAUACAUAAAGAUAUUAAUAACGUCUCUUAAUUGUUAUAUUCCAAGUUAAUUUAUCAAUAUUUCAAUGAGAUUUUCCGCAAAGAAAAUUUCGUUAAUAUAAUAUGGCAUCUGUGGGUAAUAAUUAUUAUGUCAUUAUAUGAAAAUGUAGGAAGAGCUUUGAAUCUAAUAGUUGUAAAAAUCAGAUGUCUAUACCCACUUGAAUAUUUAGCCAACAACUUAACUUUAACUUUAACUAACCAUUUAUUUGAUGUUAAGGUGUGUACACAAUAAACCAAUGAUGAUUAGUGCCAAAACAAAACGAUUAAUAUUUAUUUACCUAUGGUAUAAUAUGUUUUGUCUUUUGAAAUAAGCCUUAAUUUGUAUGGAAGAAGAAUUUUCCUAUUUCAAUUUUUGCACUCGCAACACUGUUCUAUAUUUAAGGCUUAGUUCAAACGAAAUCCGACUUAAUUUCGUUAUUAAUUAUGAGCAUAUUAAAAUGUAUACCCACCUUAACAAAAUCAAUGUUUUCUAUCCUAUAAGUUAAUUAUGAUAUUGAAAUGUUUAGGAGAUGCACACUAACGUAACAACAUACACUUAGUAGAAUUAGAUUAUUGUAACCGUCUAAAUGUAAGAUUUUAGUAUUAUUGUGUAAUUCCUUUUAGGGUUCUCAUAUAUAAUUUUUCUAUUUGAUAUUUUAAGUACCUUUACCAAUGUUUUUAUACUAAUUCGACUAUGAAGACAUUGCUGAAGUUUGAGGUUUUGUGUCCAUUUAUCUAUGGAUAAUAAAGUAAAAUUAAAAU